CUAUAAAUACACCACCUGCUCUACUUACACAGAGAUUUUUUUUUGUUGUUGGUUUGCUGCAGUGCGAAGGAUCACAAGCUCUUACAAAAUCGAUCACUGAAAAAGAACUGCUAAGUUAAUUCAUUUGAUUAUUUGGCAUCAAUUUGGGAGAAAAGCCACCAAAAAGAGGAUUUGUAGAAGAAAACUUGGCCAAGACUGUGUAAUAAAUUCCGUGUACGGUGGGAAUCGCGAGCCUGAGAGAAAUUGUUCAGAGAAAUAGAGACAUGGCUUUGUUAAAUCAUGAUGUGAAUAUGGCGUCUCUACCCAUGGAUUAUAAUAGAAAGAGGAAAUCAAGGAGCCGCAAGAGUGGAACUAAAAGUGUCACAGAGGUUCUUGAGAAGUGGAAGGAAUACAACACUAAACUUGAUACAGUAGAUGAUGAUAAAGCCCCGCGUAAAGCUCCUGCUAAGGGUUCGAAGAAGGGGUGUAUGAAAGGGAAAGGUGGUCCUGACAACAGUCGAUGCAAUUACAGAGGCGUGAGGCAGAGAACAUGGGGUAAAUGGGUGGCCGAAAUCAGGGAGCCACACAGGGGAAGCAGGUUAUGGCUAGGUACCUUUGGCACAGCAGUGGAAGCCGCUCUUGCUUAUGAUGAGGCAGCCAAGGCAAUGUAUGGCCUCUGUGCUCGGCUUAACUUCCCUGGUUAUAGUUCAUCGGCUUCAGUGACUGUUUCAUCAUCUGAAUCCACGAACUCUAGCAUAUCUGAGGUUUGUUGCAAGAGGGAUAUGCAAAAGCUUGAUGUCCCCAAUGCGAAGACUGAAGGCAGUAGAUUACAAGGUGACGGUCGGUUGCUUGAUGCUAGCACCCCAAUGAGUGCAAUCAAGGAGGAAGUGAUGGAAGAUGCCCCGAGAAGGGAGGAAGCACAUGGAGAAGAACCUUCCAAGGAGGAGGUUAAGCAAGAAUCCGAGGGUUCUUUUGGUAGUGAUGAUGCUGAGAGGCCGAGUGUGGUUGACAGACCACCUUAUGACGAUCAAUUUGAGAAAUUUCCACUCGAUGAGAUGUUUGAUGUGGAUGAGCUGCUUGCGGCUUUGGAUGCCGCCCCAUACAAUCCUUCCAGGGCGCAGGCUGGAGCAGGGCAUUAUGCAAAUGGAAGUCAGAUGGAGGGUCCCCGUGUAAAUCACGAGCAGGUGGUUUUGGGGAGCGAUUAUGAUCUCGACUUCCUGAAACCAGGAAGGCAGGAGGACUGUGAUGUCUUGUUGAGUGAUCUACUAUUAGAUUUGGAUUCGGACUUGGCCAUAUGAAGCACUUACGCGGAUGGUCUUGAAAACAAAAGAUAUACAUUGUUUUCUUUAAUGAUGGAAUUGAGUUGUGUAGGUGAUUCCCAGUAUAAACAGAAACUUUUUUAGUCUGAGCAAGUUAGUGUAUUCAUAUCCUACUGACAAAAUUUCUUUUUUUCUUUUUUUCUUCCUUGGGGGUUGGUUGAUGAUGACCAAUAAGCUGUUUCUCCAGAAGUUUUAAAUGUGAGGGAGCAGCUGUUAAGACUCUUGAGUUAAGUAGGUUUAGAGAUUUCGUCUUGUACAGCUUUUGUUUGCUCUGAACAACUUAACCUAUAUAUGUGUAACUUGUAUUUUGAGUAGAAAUUUCCAUUUUGACAAGCUCACUACUUGGUGAGUGUCUUAUUCA